UUAGUUCGGCUACGGACAAACCCCGUAAUAGCGGAGCUGUGUCAGUGCUAUUAGUGAUGUACGUAAUAUAGGAAUCUUACGCUGACGCGUAAAAAAAAAGGAGAAAUGCAUAAGAUCCGCGAGUAGAAACGAACUUUCACUUUCCCAGGAAGAAACGAGAUUGCGAGAAACUAUUUUGAACGAUGCGAGUGUCGCCCGAUUACGCGAAGACUAUGCGAUUUAUCGUGUUCAUUCAGGAUGGAAGAAACUCGAACAACGAACCCCCAUUUUUGACCGACUAAUCAACAUAAUUUAGGAUAAAUUUCGUUCACCUCGGGUCUGCUGUAUUCGUGAAUUAAUAUCAGUACCAAGUCAUGCAAAUAAGAAUGAGGAAAAUAUAAUUGAGGAAAAACAUUUGUACACAGAAUGCAUUCUAUGUAUUCGUCUAAGAAAGGCGAUCCUCUUUGCCCUUUGGGUUUUCAUCCACAAGUACGGUGGCCCACGCGUUGCAAACGGUGCUUCAGGGACUAUAAAGAGCAUGGCGGGAGAAGAAACAGUCUCGGAGACAUCACGUCUUCUUCUCCUAGUCUUUCUUUCGAUUCAUCGCGUGGCCCUGAGGGUAAAAGAACGUGGUCUUCCGCUACAAAUUUGGCGAAAGAUGAAACCAAGACUAAUAAUUCGCAAUCGGCAGCAUCAACCGGAUGGACAUCCUUAAUGGAUCUUUCUGCCAUAGAUAAGGAUGCACAAGAUCCCAAAUUAGAAAAUGUUAGAAAACCAGCGAAGCUUCAAAUAAAAAAUGUAAUAAGCAACACCAACGGAGGCACUUCGGAGAACGAUGUAGAAUUUAUAAUUCAGGUAAGGAAAUCACGGCCAGCACCGCCGAAACAGGUGGUCGAGGAUGGCCUGGAUAAUGUCACGGUAAAAGGAGAAGAGUCCGAGAAGAAUGAAAUAGAGAAAUUGAAGUCCCAAUUAAAUGCUAUGAGAGCGAGAUGCGAGAAGGCGGAGAAAGAAAAAAGCGAGAUAUUGCUACGUCGAUUGGCGACUAUGGAUACGAUGUCGAACAAAACAUCGAUGAGCGAAGUGGCAAAACUACAAAAGAAAAAUGAAGUACUUGCACAAGAAAAAAAUUUAUUAUUGACAAAGAUAAAAAGUUUGGAGAAAGAAACGAGUAAUAGACCGUAUAGAGGUGAAAAGGACAAAGUGCACGAUGAAUUACGUUCGAAACUUAAGGCGGCGGAAAGUCUUUGCGAAAGUUUAAUGGACGAAAACGAGGAUAUGAAAAAGGAAAUUAGACAAUUAGAAGAAGAAAUUUAUGAGUUGCAAGAUAAUUUUAGGGACGAACAAGCAGAUGAGUAUACCCGUUUGCGAAAAAGUUUGGAGCAAUCAAAUAAAAAUUGCCGAAUAUUGUCGUUCAAAUUGAGGAAAGUAGAACGCAAAUCCGAAGAAUUAGAAAGCGAACGAGUUGCUUUAGAAAAGAAAUAUGAAGAGAUGAAGAAAACAGAAGAAAUUCUGCAAAAAGUAAGUAACGCAUUCCAGGAGAGAACACAAAAGAAGGCAACAGACUCCACAACAAGGAUACAACUUAAAAAAAUGGUUGAUGAAAUGGAGAAGGAAAUAGAAGACAUGCUGAAUAUCUUCUCCAACAUUAAAAAUGGACAUAAUGUGGAUAUAUCGGAUCUGAAGCCGAAAGAUAAUAAUUUAAAGUAUGAUAAACUUCUAAAGGAACAUGAACUACUUAAAGAAAAACUCGAGUCUACUAUAAAAGAAUUGACUAGUGAAAAAGAGAAGAAAAAAGUUCAAUCAAAUGUAAAAGUAGAAGAUACUAAAAAUGUGGAGUUACAAAAUGUGAAAAAAAAGUUGGAAGAAGCAGUCACUUUACGGGAAACUGAAAGAAAAGCAUGGGACAAAGAGAAAUUAGCGCUUUCGGAAGAGAAAGAGAAAUUGAAGUCGAAACUCUUGUCGCUAUCAGCCGAGAAAUUAAAAAUUUAUAAUGAGGUUGUACAACUAAAAAAAGAUUUCGAAACUGCUAAGUCAUCGGAAAAAGAUACUGCGAAGAUGGAAGAAAUAAUAAAUGAACUAAAAGAAAAGCUAUCACAAGAGCAAGAAAAGUGUAAACGAUUACAAGAUGAUUUGUCAUCGUACACCGAAAGAGAAUCGAAAAUGUCGCAAUCCAUAACGUCUGUGGAACAAACAAAGACUAAACUUGAUGCUGAGGUGAAACGUUUGAAAAAGGAAUUAGAGAGUUCAAAAUCUAGCACAUCGAAAAAAAUCACGGAUCUAAAUGUAGAGAUUGCGGCGCUUAAACAGGAGAGUGAAAAAUUAACAUCACAACUUAACAAUGAAAAAGAGGCGAAAGAAAACGAAAUAGCGACACUGAAGAAAAAGAUAGCUUCCUUAGAAAAAGCUGGGCAAAAUACAAAGCGUAUGAAUGAGCUGAAGGAGACUUACAAUGAGAAAAUUUUGAAUCUCGAGAAUGAUAUUAAAAAGCAACAACAAGAUCAAGAGACUCUCACUAAUAAAUAUCAAGAGCUUAUGAACUCAAAGCUACAACUUGAAAGAGAAAAUGAAUCUUUGAAUAGCAAAUCUUCAGAGUAUAAAACAGAUUUAAAAAAUAUUCAAACAGAACUUGACGAAUUGCGGAACUCGAUGAAAACGAAAGAAAACGAUUGGCGAUUAGAGAAAUCUGUUCUUGAGAGCCAAAUCCGUGAGAAUCAAUUACCAAAUAAACUUAUUGUGGCAGAAUUAAAUGAUGAAAUUAAUACAUUAAAGAAAGAAAGUUCUACUUUAUUAGAACGAUUGGAAGAUAUGAAAAAAGUGAAUGACGACUUAUCUACAAAAUUGAAAGAUUACGAAGCAGUAUCAAAAAUUCAUCAAGUAUUAACACCCGAUACUACGGCAUUGGAAUCCGAAAUCCGAAAAUUAAAGAAUGCCUUGACAAAUACAGAGAAAGCCAAGAAGGCAGACUUGGCGCAAUGCAAAAUGCGCUACGAGCACAGGAUUACGGCGAUCAAUGAUGAGAUACAGGCAAUCCAGAAUCAAUUAUCACGAUACAAACGCGAACGUGAUACUUACAAACACAUGUUGGAAGGCGCGCAAAAAACUAUAGGAGAGUUAAAGUCCGCGAGAGGCAGACUAUCAAAUGCAUCCUCUGGAAAGUCGGACGAGGAUGAAGAAUCAUCAAAAGCUAAUGUGUUAGUGUUAGAAAAACAAAUAAGUUGCAUGGAAGAUGAACUUUCUGAAACAAGACUAGAAGCUUCCAGGCUAAAGGCCGAAUUGGUUUCGGAAAAAUCUGGUAGUCACGUUAAAGUCUCCGAAUUACAAUCUCGAAUUAACGAGUUGGAGGAGGAGCGAUUGCUUACAAGCGGACGUUCGAAAAUUCCAGGAUUGAAAGUGCGGAUGGAAUUAGCUUGGCAAAAAGAAAGAGAAGAACAUCAAAGAUUGCUACAGGAAACGGCAACGUUAGCGCGAGAUUUGCGUCAAACGUUGUUUGAAAUAGAGAGAGAACGCAAUAAAGAGCGGCUAGAAAAUAAAAGGAGACAAGAUCAAUUAAAGAAAGUAUUCGACGAAGAAAAGGAAGAAAAUAAGAAAAAAUUAUUAGAGCUGCAAUGCGAUCUACUUGAACUGAGAGACGCGCAUGCAAAAUUAAGAACGAGUAAUGAGAAGAUGAGACGUGAGAAAGAACGGCAUGAAAAGGAAAGGCAUGAACUCAAAGAAGUGAUAUUGAACAAAUGCAAAUUGGAGCAAACCGAGUUACGCAACAUCAAUAUUCUUAUGCAACAAGUUCAGGAUUUGCUACAGUUGUUCCCGGAAUUAAAUACUAUAACAGAGAAUGGAAUGUCCGACACAUUUACACCAACUCCGCCAAGACGAUUAAAGGGACCAAAAUCAAGAGAGUCGUCACCAAUGUUAGAAACAAAGAGCGACAUAAAAGUUGAAACUUCAAUAUUAGGAGAAAGAACAGAGAAAUUAGAAUACACUAUUAAAAAAUUAAUGGGUGUAGCAAAGGAACUUAAAGAAUCGAAGAAAAUGACAGAUGAAGCAAAUGCAACGCGAUUGAAAAAAAUGGGAAAGAGAUCAACGUCAGUAGAGAGUGACCCAGGAAAAGGAGUGGUAUUAAAUCGCAGUAAACCACGUUUGAAGAGAAAGAGUCUCUCCUUGGAACAAACGUCUGGUCGUCAAGAGUCUCCAGCUAUUUGGGGCAACGAUAGCAAUUUGUCGAGUAUGCAAUCGUUGGAGGGAUCGGAAAUUGAGUCUCGCGGAGCUAGUUUACAAAGAGACUCCAGUGUAGACAGUCGUCUUUCCGGAGGAUCGACAAAGAGCGAAAUGUUAGAUCGAGAUAAAAAAUAUGGUAAAGGAAUAAUCCGGAAAUUAACACACAAAUUAACUAAAUCAUCCAGUGUAGAUGACCCGCACAUGACCGACUAUUCACUUCAGACAUCUGGUUCUGAAACCAGCCUCAAUGAAAGCAGUAAGAUGGAAAAGAAGAAUUUAAAGAAGAAAUUAACAGCCAUGUUUAAAAGAGGUUCAAGAAGCAGUAGUGUAGAGACAAAAACUAGAUCCGGUACUUCCAGCAGACCUGCUUCUAGGAAUUCCAUGACAUCAGAUUAAUAAUCCCGUGUGUGUACGAUCUUAUUAAAGAACUUGAUACUUUCAUUAAACACUCACGAUUACUGUUUCCUGAAAUUAUAACAUUACAUUCGACAAUAUAAUAAAAAGGCAAACUGCUCAAAUUUGUAUUUAGAUAUAUGUACUCAGAAAGAGUACAGUUGGCAUCAGAAAAAAAAACCAAAUACGAUUCGUGCAUGAUCAUAAGUGAAUUAAAACAUAUGUACAUAUCCUUAUACGUGUAAUACGUAAUCAUUUGGAAAAUAUAUAUAAAGUUACUGUAUUCA